GUGGUUAACGAGUGGUUUGUUUAUGUCUACGUUCGAGACGAGUUCGGUAAAGAUUUUUCGGCGAAAGAUCGAGAGAAAUGGAUGGAAUUGGAAUGCCUGUAGUCGAUCUUGUUAAGUACAUGGAAAAUGUACAUCUACGACAUUGCCUUCCAUUAAAUCAUGCCAGUGGUCUUGCCAAUCUUCCAGUGAAGUAUAUAUAUGUCGAUGGAAAGAGAAAAGAUAAUCGCACUACCAGGAGACUUCCUAUCACAAACACGAUUAUUGAUGGAAAGAAAUCGUACAAAGACAUUUUGGCUUUUUUUACUACGAGUGACAUUACUCCUGAAAGAAUAAACGAAAUCGGACAUAAACGAUUAAAUGUUCUCUAUCCUCAGGUUGUAGAAAUAGCUAAAAAUGUCACUGGACUGUCACAUGAAGCCGCCGCCAUAGCAGCUUUUCGUAAGAUACUAGCAAAUCAAACGCUAUAUUAUAACAAGGAGCCUUUUCCUGAGAUCGAAUCAAAUGCUACCGCCCACAAGCGCUGUACAGACAUGGAAAGUGCUCGAAAGUUUUGUCCGGAACGCUACAAAUCAUUAAAAGUGUGGAUGACGUCAUGUCGAGAGGUCAUGAGCAUGCUUGCACCAAAAGUCAUCAAUUUAUGUUAUUGUACUGGUGAAUGGAUAACAGUACCUAACUGUCCUAUUGAAAUGGAGCCUAAUUUUAAUCCUUCAUCCGGAGCCCAGUACUUUCAGAGCACUACAAAGGCGUGUACAUUUCCAGCAAAGUUUGGUCUACCUUUUUUUCUUGAAAAUCAUGGUCCUAGGUUUUCGGAGUGGUCCGUAACUGCGCAUGAGGCUUGGCCUGGACACCACACUCAAGUGCAAAAUAGUAAAAAGAUUUUUCUCGUUCUCCAUUGUUCAUUCAUUACUACCUUUACUUACAUAUAACAGUUUAUAACUUGGAACAGGACGAUGCUUUGUAAAAUAUAAGCUUUUAUCGCGGAAUGUCGUGCGUGUGCUUGGCAUUACGGUGUAGAAUGGCUUCAGUUCGUUUCUCAUAAAAUGACAUAAUGAUAUUUGUUGAACGUUACAUAUUAAUUGAGUCGAGAGUGGACUCUAUAAAGGGGAAUGUUGAUUCGUACAGUUGCACAUCAUGAUACGACUGAAAGCAAUAUGUUACAGAGGCUUAGGAAUAUGCCAAGUGCUUUAAUGCAUCCUUACUUGAAAGGCGACAGGCGUGUGUCUCUGUCUUUCAAAUCACAGCAGUCUUUUAUCUAAAGAAGAAACGUGGCUGGCAAUUUACUUGUCGUGCAAGUUAAUACUUUAUGUACGCUAUUGUGGGCACCGGCCGUCGUAGAAUGAUGGUGGUGGUGUGUGGGGGGGUCAUUUUAUAAUUCUGUGGAGGUUGGUUGCAAUCCAAGAAUAAGAGCGAACGCUGUUCAAUAUUUUUUAAUAACCUCUACUAUUUUAUACAAAGCAACACUGAACAUUUUUGAAUGCAAUAUUUGCAAAAUAUGUCUAGAUACAUUUGGGAUUUGGGAUGAUAAAAUAGCUAUUAAACACUUUCUAAUUCGCUCAGCAUAAAAACUGAAAUGACAAAA